UCCAUAAAGCAUAGCCAUAUAAGUACCAUAAAACCAUAACCAUAACCAAAACCUACCCACUUCAUAACCACAUACAUACACAUUCAUAUCUGCUUGCUUCUUCUCAUCACAUUUAAUUUGUGUACUCAUCAUCCAAAUUUAAAGCCCAUAUUAUCAAUUUCGUCAUGCAUCAAGCAAUUCCAUACAGGUCAUGGACUACCCACUUCACCCCACAGCCAUUAAAUAUCAUCCAUUCCCAACCCAUUGAUAACAACAACAACAACAAUAAUACCCUCUCUUUUCUCUUCUCUCCCAAAAAGGAUCUCGCUAGUAAAGAUUCCGAGAAGAUGGUUCAUGACAUGGUGUCAGAAAAUGCGGUGAUAGUAUUCGGGAGGCGGGGAUGCUGCAUGAGCCAUGUGGUGAAGCGCUUGCUUUUGGGGCUCGGCGUCAACCCGGCAGUUUACGAGGUGGAAGAGAAAGACGAAGAAGGCGUGGCAAGAGAACUCGAAGCAAUCGGCGGCGGCGGCGAUAACAACAAGGUUCAGUUUCCAGCUGUGUUUAUAGGUGGAAAGUUGUUUGGAGGGUUGGAUCGUAUCAUGGCCACUCAUAUUUCUGGUGAAUUGGUUCCCAUUCUCAAACAAGCUGGGGCCCUAUGGCUAUGAUCAUUGAGGCCUCAUUCUCCAUUAGUAUUUUUUUCGCUGCUGCUUAAUUUAUUUCCCUACUUGUAUUUUGCAAACUGUAAUUGAUUGAAAUCAUCACAACGUGAAGCUCUCAAUUUGGUUAUUUUGAAAACGUAAA